AACGGUGCAUUUCCACGCCAUCGUCACUAUCAUUUCCCUCGCUUUCUCAAGACAUUGAGCUCUGCGCUGCUUUUCCCUCGGUUUCCAUGGCGGAAUUCCCAUCUCCGGCGAUCUAAAACCACCAAAUGCUUCAGAUCUCCUUUGCAAAGGUUAAGGAUCCGAAGUUGGAGAUAUGAACAUGGAGAUGCGUUUUUAUGGACGCAAACGAGGAAUGGUAUUGAUGCGAUGAAAUCCUAGGGUAAACCUAGUAAAAGAAUUGUUAAGUGCUAACACUGUGGAUCCUCCUAUAUCAGUUGAAUCUUUUCAUGGGGAUAUUAAUUUCUGAUUGCAAGGAAUAGUCUUCACAUCAGUAGAAGUUUAUGCUAAGGUGUGUCAAGCCUUCAAGAUAGGGUUGCAAAUGUUACAUUUCAACAAUCCUGACAGCAAAGAGAAAACCAAUGUGUCAAACUCUACACUUCGGGCACUCACAGAUACAGCAGAAGCAGAGCAAAUGGCACUCUUUCUUUUCACAAUUUUACACAGGAACACAUAAGAGUGGCUUCAAUUCAUCCCAAUUCCUGUUCUUCCCCAUCAGGUAAGUCAUACUGAUUCCCCCUCAUUCUGUAUAUAUAAUACACAGUGCAAAUCAGCUUCUCGUUAUCUUUAUGGGACACACACACACUUCCAUUCCCCAAACCUUAUCCACAAAGUCAAUGCAACCUUCAAACACCACCCACACAAACCAAUAACCCAAGCUAUGAAAUCAUCAAACACUCCAAAGUCCAACAACAACACCAUCUUGAACCAUGAGGCAUCUACUUCAAUCCCUCAACCCACCUCCUCACCUCCUCAACCCUCCAUCACCACCACCAACCUUUCACUCUCACUCUCACUCACCUCACUCACCACCUCCACCUCCACCUCCUCAAAAGCUCAUUUUCCGACGAGAGCUCGCCAUUACUACCAUCUCUCUCCCACUCCUCCUCCCCUCCCCUUCCCAUGCACAACCCAACACAGGUGAAGAUGUCACCACUGACAACUGCGGCAACCAAACCUCCAUUCAGAAGGCCUUCAUGGACAUCUCCAUUGACAACCAACCCAUCGGCAGAAUCCUCAUUGGCCUUUACAAGGACACAGCACCAUUAGGCGUCUCAAGGUUCAUCUCUCUCCUCACCGGUGCCGCUGGCAUUAGCUACCGGAGAAAAGAGUUCAUCAGGAUAAUGCCAAACUACAUACAGCAUGGAGGUGUGAGAUCAUACGGUGUAGACGCCGAGUUAGCAAGGAAGAAGGGAGGCAACGUGGAUAAAGCGGAGGGAGGGUUGGUGGCUGAAUGGGAGGCGGCGGAGGAGCUGUGCAAGGGGACGAGGAACACGGCGGGGACGGUGGGGAUUAUUGUGAGGGAUCCGUUGAAACCCGGUCCGAAGAUGAAGUUGGUGGCUAGGCAAGGGAGGUUGGAGAUUGAUGAGGAAGAGGUAGGGAAGGAGCCCAAUGGAACAGAGUUUGUGAUUGCGGUUAAAGAUGCGCCGGAGCUUGAUGCUUCCACGUUGGUGGUUGGGAAGGUGUUGCUUGGCAUGGAGGUGGUGGAGAGCGUGGCUUUGGUCAAGACCGUUCAGGAGAAUACUAGCUCACCUUAUUUCAGGGUGGCAAAGUUGAUAGGAGAUAAAAGAGCAGUGGUAGCAGAGAGAGGCUUUAACAGACCAUACUCCAAGAUCUUAAUCACCAACUGUGGCUUGUUAGAGUAGAGAAAAUAAGAGAGCCUUUUUUUUUUUCUUUUUAUUGGAGGAAGCGCACAUUCAUUAGACAUGAAAAGCAUGAUCACUGUGAUGACUGCCAUUCUUAUCUCCAUUUCCCAUGGUGUUGUUGGUACUCAAUUAUUGGGAAUGGUUGGCGUUUUAUUGUUUUUUUUCCCCAGUUUUCCUUUUGUUAUGACUAGUGCUAAAAUAAUCACAAAUGCUUGUUGUUUUUCUGAACAAUGAGAUGCGGUGGAAUAAUUUUCUUUAA